AUGGCCCAGCGCGAUCUCGGAGCCAACGACCAAGUGCAGCCUGCCACGCGUGGGGAGAGGACACCUCUGCACACCUGGACCUGGAACUGGAAAAGGAAGCCGCCCAGGAGCCCUGAACUCGUGAGCAGUACCGGGAAGGAGCCCGAGACCACGUGGGCAGGAAAAGGGGCGGCCCUCGCUGGGUUCGGCGGGGCUGGGAGGCUGAAAGCGCCAGCGCCGAUUGGCCGCCGUCGGACCUCAAACGCGAUCCGUCAAAAUGGGCCUCGCGUGGGCGGGAACAAAGAAGUGAACGCGGGAGCUCGCUACGCGAGCGCGCCUUCCGCAGACUGGUUGAACGAGCUGGAGAGGCUCGGGGCACGUGCAGACGGGAGCCACGCGAGUGGCGCGCCGGGGAUGUGAGUGCCCCUUGCCUUCUACUGCACCCGGCCCCCUCCCCACCCACCGCAUCCUACUUUGCAUAGAUACAGUCAUCUGGCCAGCCCCCGCCCCUCCUCCCGGCGUCCGCCCGCCAAAGAGGUCGCGCUGGGCCCGGGCUUUGACCGAUCUGCUGGGGAGGCCCGCCGCGCCCCCUUGGCCCGCUAGCCCGGGGCCACAGCGGAAGAGGCGCCCGCGCAGCGCUGCCCGGAGGGGCCGUCGCGCGCCCGCUUCCUGUUCGGCUGGUUCCAGCCAGCUCGGGAACAAAACACGCGUGCGCGCGGCGGGCGAACGCGCUCGCCGCCUCAGCCCCCAGCGCCGGGCGCAAUCCGCCUUUUUCCGGAGCAG